AUGAGUGUACUACUGGUUUACCCGCAAAGGAGAUCCAAGUUCAACGCCAAGGGUCAGGUCAAGUACGCCGAAAUACCCAGGAAACUGUCUCUGAGUAUCGCGUGCACCAGAAGAAGAGCAGUUCGUGCAUGUAGCACUGCCAAAACCGCAACAGAUACCCUAUACAAGGACCAACAAGAUAUUCCCUUCCAGAAGUCACGGCUCGAUGUGAAACACAAGAAACAAAAUGGCAGGGGAGAGAGGUCUACGGACGUCAAAAACACGGGCUGGGCGAAGCUUGAAAGCGAAGGGCCGCCACGUCUUACGAUGCCUGCCACAAUGCAGGUUUAUUCGCUCGAUCGGCUCUGCAGAGGUGAUGAGCAGUACCAAAUUCUCGAUUGGGUUUCCAGCAUCGAUGUGGGCUCAGAGCCUCCCUCAUUGUCCCUGACCGCGGCCAAAACACACCAGCUCCAACGAAAACGUCCACUUCCCUCCCCCUCCAUGUCGAGCAGCAAUGCAACUUCGAGUACGCCGAGUGGCAAGCGGCCUCGAAUCGAUCCUAAUCGAACACCGCGCGCCAAUCCCCAGUUGUCAGUGUCAGGGAGCAGCGACGCGAAUUCGGCCGCCUCAAGCUCCGGGUACGAUAUUGAUUAUGACGAAACGGAAUCGAUGGCGUCGAAGCGCACGCGCAGCAACAAGUCGAGUCCUACAAAGACCACGCACACCCUUGCGUACUUGCACGUCGAGCAUGUCAUACAAUACAAGGCCUUUGAUGGGAGGGAGUCGGCCAGCGCCCCGGCAUCGUUGAAAGAGUUGGUCGCAUCAAUCGAGGCUGACGCCUUUGGCCAGGGUAUUAUUUCUGACUAUGAUCUGGCGUUACUUGGCUCGGAUGCACCUGAUGAUCCCCUCUUUUCAUCCGUUUUCGCCUCGUCUCGAUUCGUCGACCGCACGGGCGUGAGAGCCCAAUUAGGCACCUCUCUCUCUAAAGAAGCAGUCUGCGAGAUAUUGGAUGAAGCCGAGGAAUGCGAAGAAAUGAGACAUUCCGAGGCGAACUGGAACUGCUUUGUUCAUUCACGACUCAUUCGGUUGGCCCUUCGCUUGUCAAGCGUCAACAGCGACAACCACCAGGAUGCUUCUAGGAUACACAUCGGGUGCCUCAACGCAACCACUGCGCAAAUCAUCAAAGCAUUCGCUCCUCGUACAUUCGGACGCAAACACGACAAGCGCAUCGACUUUUGCUUCUAUAUCGACCUCCCAGACUCAAAUCCUGCGUCCCACACACUGAAUCAAGUCUGCCACCAGACCUUGCACGGAUCUAUCAACCACACCGAUUACGCGCCGCUCCUAAGACGGCCUGUCUGCCUAAGCAUUGAGACUAAGCGCACGGGCGAGGACUGGCAAGCCGCCCUCGAACAGACCAGCAUCUGGCUCGCCGCACAGUGGGCGUGUCUUGACAAGCUCGUUGGUACACCGGCAGCGGCCACAGGCCUUGACUUUCUCCCGGCAUUGAUCGUCCAGGGCCAUGACUGGUUUUUCGUAUCCACGACGCGAAAUAGGCGCCCGGACGGUCGAUACGAGACCAUUCUCUGGAGCAAGGUUUAUGUCGGGUCGACGGCAUCUGCCCGCGGCCUCUAUCAGGUCGUCACCACCAUCCAGCGCCUGGCUAAGUGGUGUUCCGAGACUUACUGGCCAUGGUUUGCGACCCAGGUAUUGGGACGUGGGUUAGAAACAGGUUCUUGA